AUGGCGAUGGACCCAGGAGAUACCUCGUCGUUGGCAACUGCUGUACAAAGUCAUCACGACAUGGAAAUGGGCGAGGCGACUCCUGGUACGGCAACCACGGGUCUGGUCGCGCCUAGGCCUACUGGUCCGUGUCCAAGUCAAAGUGGUAGUGGUGCAGGAGCUGCUAUGUGCACCCCACUCCGAGUUCCACUUUUCGCAACCCCCCGUCACUUCUCUGUUGGACGCAGAACCGCGCUUUCGCGGCCCCAGCUCCAGUCCCAGCCAACGACUCCAACCAAAGCGUCACUCGGCUCUCUCCCACAUUGUUCCGUUACAACGCAACAAUCACCCACUGCGAAAACGCGACUUUCCAGUCUUGUCGCAUCGAUUCAUCGGGACCACAGGCGGAAUUCGCAGUCAGCGAUGGCUGAGGCCCUGCUGGGCCUCGCGCCCUCGUACGGCAGCGCGUCGAGCAACAAGCCGUCAAUUGCGCAUCCCGAUGACCUCCCCGCCCAGCUUCGUCGCGAACUCGAAAGAAAAAAAACACCGACACGAUGCGAACACCUCUCUGUUACACUCGAAGUGCCGUCCACACUCGAAUUUGCUAUCCGCGAAGGCGACAGCGAUGCGCAGGAGAAUGUCGACCCAGCGCUGAGCAAUCUCCGAACCCAGGUCGUCAAAGGUCAGCCCGUCAAGAUCGUACGCGCCUACAACACCAUCAUCAGUCAGCCUCACGAUAAUCCGGUGAUGCAGCGAGCCGUAGCGAAGCAUAUCGUUGGGCUUCUGUCCGUAGUGGAUGAGAGUACCUGGGUGGUAAGGGAGGUUUCGCGUGGCCAGUACGGCUGGUCCUUCACCUACAACUGCAAAGACUCCCUCACCAGUUGGAACCGGCAGCAUCAGAAAACGCCCAACAAGACCAUAAUAGCAGAGUAUAGCCAGAAGGAGCUGGAACCAAUCAUGCAAGCCCGACCAGCUUUCGACUGCCGGGGCACACUCACGGUUGCGUUUUCGAAGAAUUCUCGGACAAUCAAUGUCAAAUACGAACACACGCCUCUACACAAGACUCUGGGCGAUAUGAUCGAACACUUCAAACCCCUUCCUCCAGCUGCACCUCCAGCUCCUCUCAUCCCCGCUGGAGAAAAGUCCAAAAAGGCGAAAACUCCGCGAAAGCGAAAGAGUGAAGCCUUGAAUGCAGACGGAACUCCUGUUCAGCCAAAAAGAAAGAGGAAGAGCGAGGCCGUGAAUGAGAAUGAGACACCUGUCCAACCGAAGAAGAGGAAGAAGAAGAAAUCGGAAGCUGCGAAGGACUCGCAAGCGGCUGGCGAUGCCACCAACGGCCCGGCAACAGCCACUGUCCCGACCAAGGCGGAUGCUGCCGUCCAAAGUGGUGUUCAUUCACAUGCGGUGUUGAAUGUGCCCCCAGGCGAGGCAGCUAGGCGCCGCGAAGUCGCCAUUAGACUUCUCAGUGACAGCGGCCUAGAUCCUGAAAGUCUUUCUACGGAGCAAUUUGGUAUCUUUGCCAAUCAAUCUCCGGAUCUUCAGAAAGAUUCUCUUGCCAUGUUGGUUAAAUACGGUGCCGAGCGACUCCGUAUCGUACAUCCCAACGAUGCUGCUGCUUCAUCAACCAGCGCGUCACCUACGCCUCAGCAGCCAGCGGUGGAAGCUGGUGCCCCAGCGGCCAUGCUAGGAUCCGCCGCUUUAGGGAAGAAGAAAAGGCCUCGAAAGUCAAAAGCAGCGGCUGAAGAUGCGGAAGAAGUGGAGUUGAUUCCGGCACCUCCAGGCACACCGAUGAAGCAGAUUUCUAGGGGAUCAUGUAUUGCCUGUAGAAGAGCAAAGACCAAGGUAUAUAAGCUGGGUUCAUUAGGCUGCAGAGAGGCUAAUAGAGUACAGUGUAAUCGCGCCAAACCCGAGUGCGCUUCGUGUGAAGAGAAAGGCGUGGAAUGCCAAUAUCCGUUGAUCAGGAAAAUGCCCCCGAAGAAGAAGGAAGAAAAGUCUGCAGCUCUGGUACAUGACGAUGACGACGAUGAAGCCGACGCCGACGCCGAGGCUGAACCUGAAGCCGAGCCCGAGCCGACGGAACCUGAAGUGGAAUCUGAGGAGCAAGAACCAGACGACAUCGAGACGAUUGACUACACAUCAAAUAUGCCGGUCGCUAACAUGCUGACCCCUGCUGCAGAGGCUCCCAAUCAGGAUUACUUCAACGCUGGCCCCAGCGAGUUGACAUAUACUCAAUCCGCCUCCAAUGAUUUGAACAUGUCACACGGCGUCCCAUCAUACUCGGAGCCUUCUGCCCCCGUAAAUUACGCGGAACAGCAGGCAGUCUCCACGAGCUUCUCGCAACCAUCUGUCAUCGGAACGGCGACAUAUACUCAACCGAGCACAGAUACGAACAGUUAUAUAAAUUCUACCAGCAGUGAUCACAUAUCUCUCAACUACGCUGAACCUGUGGCCAAGAGCCCUAGAGGGACGAGGGUCUCUUCACGGCGCAGCUUGCCAUCCGGAACAGGAGAGCCACAGCAACCCGCAGCGGAAAGCCCUGUGCCGCUUCCCAGUUACGCCCAAAACUGGCAGAGUAUGUCUCCUCCCAGGGUAGCAAACACAGUUUCGCCAACCAUGGCCCCCAAGCAACACAGACCGCGAAGGUCGACCCAGAUGCCAGCUGCGGCCACCGUCGAUCCCCAAGAGACAUCUUAUCGCAGCACGCAACAGACUGCGGCUCACGUUGCUGUACAGCAACGACAGCAACACCGUCUCUCUCCUACCCAGCAAGCAGCUCAAGUAGCAGAGCCAGUUACCCAUGCCCAGGUCUCGCCAUUCCAGGCUCCUGUUCAGGCAGCUCGAGCUAAGAGUCGAGCUGGCCAGAGAGCCUCCACUCGUACUCCAGUUAAUGAACCCCGUGCCACACCAUCCCAUCACACUGUCCAACCUUCAACUUCAGCGACGAUGGACUCAGCAACGUACAAUGAUACCCAAUCCUUGAGCAAUGUGGCCAAUUACAACAGCUACGAUGCGAAAUACUCCAACCAGAGCAACAACUCUACGGAAAUGGACACCACGAGACUUGCGUAUCAGCCUUACGCAGCGCAAAACACCUCUGCGGCCACAUCUACUUAUCCUUCGUAUGACUACGACAGGACCAAUACCACCGCCUCACACACCUCCAGCAGCAAUGCGCGGUCCGGGCAGUUGUAUAACACCCAAUCCCAUUCGCGCAACGCGCAAUCGUACGAUAAUACCCAUACCACGGCGGCGGCGAAAACUUACGCUCAACAGCCGUCGACAACUCAGCAGCAGUCGUCGUCUCUACAGUCCUUCAACAUGCGAAGUUCGGCAGCGAGCAGCAACCAGCCUAGGUCAUCUUCAAGAAAUAAUAACCAACAACCGCAACAGCAGCAGUCGCAGUCGCAAAAAGCACACUCUUACGGAUCUUAUGCAACUCAGACGCAGCAGCAGCAGCAGCAGCAGCAAUCAGCUCAGCCGGACCAACAAAACUGGUAUGGUUUUGGCGCGGGAUCCAACACUUCCUUCACGCCAGCGAACGUCUCUGGGGGUUAUGCAACGAAAGGCACCACUUCCGCGAAUUACGGAAACGGGUCCAGCACCUCCAGUCAAGCAUACCAGCAGCAACAUGGCUCUCUUAACAUGUCGGGUCACAAUUACGCUACCAGCGACAACGAAAUGUAUGAGCUGUUGAAGAACUCUCUUCACGGCUCCGGUCGCUAA